AUGGAUAAGUAUAAAAUUACAAAAAAUUUAGGUGACGGUACAUAUGGUACUGUUGUUGAGGCAAUUAACAUAGAAAAAAAUGAAAAAGUAGCUAUUAAAUAAAUGAAAUAAGAAUUCAAAAGUUGGGAAGAAUGUAUAAAUCUGCGAGAAAUAAAAUCAUUAAGAAAGUUGAACCACCCUAAUAUUGUAAAGCUCAGAGAAGUACUUAAAAUUAACAACGAACUAUAUCUGGUAUUUGAGCAUAUGGAUAUUAAUAUUUAUCAAUACUACCUCUCUUUCAAAGAAAAAAAGUAAAAAAUGCCAGAGAGAGUUAUUAAAUCUAUUAUUUUUUAAACUGCCUUAGGAUUAGCUUACAUGCAUAAGCAUGGCUAUUUUCAUAGAGAUCUUAAACCUGAAAACCUUUUAAUCAGUGAAGACAGGCAAGUCUUAAAAAUAUGUGACUUUGGUCUGGCUAGAGAGAUUCGCUCUCGUCCUCCAUAUACUGAUUAUGUUUCUACACGUUGGUACCGUGCUCCUGAGUUAUUAUUAAAAAGUACAACUUAUAACUCUCCCGUUGAUAUAUUUGCGUUAGGCUGUAUAAUGAUUGAGCUUUAUAUGCUCAACCCAUUAUGGGCAGGUGCCAGUGAAAUAGAUCAUCUUUAUAAAAUGGUAGAAACUCUAGGAACACCAAACUAAUAAACAUGGCCUGACGGAUAGAAACUAGCCAAUUAGACAGGAAUAAUGUUUCCACAAAAGUAGGAAAAAGUACCUCUGUAGCAAUAUAUUCCUCAUGCUAGUGCAGAAGCAGUAUAACUUUUAGAAAUGAUGUUAUAAUACGAUCCUUCUAAGCGCCCAACAGCUGCUUAAGUUUUACAGCAUCCUUACUUUAUAGGUCUAAAUAAUGGUAGCCAAAAUAACUCUUCAACUCCAGUUAGUUCAAGUAACUUAGGGAUGCAGGGAGCAAGCUCUUCUUAGCCGUAAAUAUCAAUAGCAGACUCAUAUGAAUAGAAUUUGAAGAAAUAUGAAAAAUAAUAAAAUUCUCAACCUCAAGGAAUAAAUAAUAACUUAUAUGAAAACCAAAUUCCUCAUGCUUCGUAUUUUGUAAAAACCGAAACAGAAAAAGUAAAUAGGGAGUUAUAUCAACAAAAAGAAAAUUAAAAUAAAAUAAUAGAUGAUUCAUUGUGGAAUUACACAAUUAAUAAUAAUACUUAUAACAUUAACAACAACAAUAAUAACAAUAAUUAAAAUUAAUAAAAUAACAACUAUAAUAUAUUAACUAAUAAUAAUGGAACAAGAUAAAACUAAUUUAAGUAGGGAGGAUUAGGAAUUAACUCAAUUAAAAAUCCUGGCUUCUCAAAUAAUUUCUAUUCGAACGAAAAGCCAACUAAUUUUUCUUUGAAUAAAUAUAAUUAUUAGUCAUAAUUAAGUUAGUAAUAUGGGAGUAGUCUACAUAAUAACUAAGGUAUCUAAUAAUUAAACCAGUAAGGAUCGUUACCCUAAAAACAAGGGAAAAAUAUGUAUAAAAAUAAUUUUGCUGGAAAUGCAACUUGGAAUCUCUCCGAAUACAAAAACAAUAACUAUAACUUUUAAUAAGGUGGGGUCCAAAAUUUAGGUUAAUCUAAUCAUAGCUCGAAUUAUUACAAUAGUUAAAAUCCUGGUUAAAAUUAUAACACGAAUAUUAACUAGUAACAAAUUAAUUUAGCUCAAACAAUUAACAACACUAACAGCAACAACUAAGUACCAAAUACAUAAAGAAAUAUAUUCAAUAAUGGUGCUGCAUUUUUGCUUAACAGCAGCUAUAAAAAUUAAUUUAAAUAUUCUCCUCAAUUUAAUUAAUCCUCCAGUAAUAACUAAGUUAGUUAAAAUUAGAACGCAUAAAAUUAGUUUAACUAAUCAAACUCUCCUUCAAAUGAAAAAUAUCACGAUGUAAAGUAGUUGCAAUAAAAGUACAACUUUGAUAAAUUAAAAGAAAUGUACUGA